AUGUCACCUCCCCGCAUCAAUCUCCUCUCUCAAGUAUCUCUGCCGCCCUAUGCCCGCACUGUAGGUCGCGGCGUCCACCUCAGGAUUUAUCCCCGCCCCGCAAACAUCCGUGAAAGCCGGAACAUUCUCGACGUGCUACGAAACUAUGGCGACGUGGUCAUGUAUCAGCAUCUGAAACAUGAUCCAGCUAUCAAAGCCGCGAACUCAGCUCUGGCGCUGUAUAGAGAGAAAGCUGAGGCGGCUAGCUUGAUCAGCGCUAGUCCGAUACGCCUGGAGAUGGGAUCCUGGGGCGUCCAGCAGCUCAAAAGAGAAGAGUCAGAUGCGGCGGAUGCGAAGGAAGAUGAAGGAUCAGCUGUCUCUGCGACUUCGAAGAGAGGCUUUCAUAUUACGGUCGAGCCCACCAAGAUGAACUUCCAGACCCUCAUCCAACGACAGCAGUACUACAGCUCCUUUGAACUCGAUAAGACUGAUAUUGUGUUCCAGGAUCUGUGUAAGCGGGUACCUGUGGUGGGAAUGGCCGACUGCCAACUUGACAGGGGAGAGGUACCCCUGAGAUUGAGGGUGAAGAAGCUUGAAAAGGAAAGGCUGGAUAACAAAGGGCCAUGGAGAGAGCCAUUGCGGACUAUGAUGGGAGAGUGA